GCUCGUUUUUCACAUAUUCUGCUCCCACUGUGAACGCCUCCUGACGUUGAUUGACAGGCAAAGGAUGGGGCGGGGUUUCGUGUUGCUCAACAUGGCGGCGCCCUGCUCGGAUCAACAGGUCUAAAGGUGUUCAUGAUGUCCAGUCAGCAGGUAAGUAUCAGUGAGCUCCUGUUCUCAUUGGACAGUUCAGAGCUGCAGGAGGCGGAGCAAGUCAGAGCAACAGUCAAUCAGCAGCUGAGUACAGACAGAGGAGGUGCUGUUGUCUCCUCUCUGGUGGAGUAUUACCUGGACUCGUCCUCCUCUCAGGUGGUGCUCCUGCUCUCCUCCAUCAGAGAGCCUCAUCACAAGCCCCUGCUGGAGAAGCUGAAUGAGGCUCUGAACAGACCUGGAUCCAGAUUAGCUGGUCUGACCCUGCUGGGUGACCUGAUUAGGAAACAGCCUCCCUGGGUUCAUCACAUCAGCCGCUCGGCUCUGCUGCUCUCCCUGCUGCGCUGCCUCAAGACAGAGACCGACGUGGUGGUCUUGAUCACUGGAGUCCUGGUCCUCAUCACCCUAUUACCCAUGAUCCCUCAGGCUGGGAAACAACACAUCUACGACUUCUUCGACGUGUUCGGACGCCUUGCCUCCUGGAGCUACAAGAACCCUGGUCAUGUACCUGUGGUCCACCUGGUCCAUCUCCAUGCAGGUGUGUACUCUCUGUUCCACCGUCUGUAUGGGAUGUUCCCCUGUAACUUCAUCUCCUACCUGAGGCUGCACUACAGCAUGAAGGAGAACCUGGACACCUUCCAGGAAGUUGUCAAGCCGAUGUUGGAACAUGUCAGGGUUCACCCAGAGUUGGUCACAGGGACCCAGGACUAUGAACUGGACCCAUCCAGGUGGAGGUGUUAUGAAGUCCAUGACAUUGUGACUGAGUGCCAGAGUGUCUCUGGACCUCUGGAGUCUUCCUGUGAGGAGGCAUUUACUCCCCUCAGAGAUCCUCCUCCCUCCUCUCCCCCCUCCCCUCCCCUGAACCUCACCUCCAGUCCUUACAACACAGAGACUGUCAGAGCGACAGGAAGUACAGUUUGUCCUCUGCUGCUGUCUGGACCUCCCACUCUUCCUAAGCUGACACUCAACAACUCCUACAUACAGGCUGAUGAUGUCACAUGGAGUCCCUCCUCACAGUGUGGUUUGUCGACACCCCCUCCUGAAACUGCUGCUACAGGCUCCGCCCACCCACUGAGCAGGCCUGCUUCCAUCUCAGGUGUAAAAUGUCCCUCAUCAGUCAUCGUCCCAGUGACACUGCUGACUAAAGAGAACCAAAAUGGUCUGAUUCCUGAGAAAAACCAGGUAAAGCUGGUCACAGAUCUACAGGGGUCAUCCAUUCAGCCAAUCACAGAGAAGGAGGGAAGAGGCCAGAGCGAUGUCAUCAAUAACAUCUGUGAAGACACCAGAUCCCAGCAGCCUUCCUCCUCCUCCUCCUCCUCCUCCUCUCAGCCCGUCCUCCUUACCUCCACCCCCGGUCGUGAUGAGCCGUUGUCAGGUUCAUCCAUCCCCUCUUCUCCGGGCUCCAUCUCACUCUGCUUUACCCCCCCUCACCCCUCCACCACCACCACACAUAGAUCAGAAGAGGGAGGCUCCACCCUGUUUGGCUUCUCGGGUCAGAGCACCGCCCUUUCGUAUGAACCCCUGUUUGAGCUCACUCUUCCCCGAGCCGCCACGCUGUUCAUCGGGAGGAUGACACAGGAGGUGCUGGAGAGAGCAGCGGGGGGGCAAGAGGAGAAGAGAGGAGGAGCACAAGGACAGGGGGAGGACAGAGAAGAAGAACGGACCUCCGUCUCUCCUUUAAAGGUUUUGGAUCAGCUGAUCGUCCACGGACAAGAUGCCCAUGAACACCUCAGCAGGAGGUUGUCAGCAACGAAUAACUCGGUGGAUCGGAGUCAUUUUGGAGGUAAACAGCAGAGCAUGAAAACCAAAGGCCCUGCCCAGGGGAGAUCUCAGUCUGUGAGAAGUCAGCUGUUAUUGGUCCACAGCUCCAGUAUGAACGAUCAAACGGCGCAGCACGCCAUCAGAACACGCCGUCUGCUGCGAAGAGUUAUUAACGCCACCUCGCUGGAGGAGCACAGCGUUGCCAUGAAGGUCAGCUGAGCGUUCAGGUGAAAGAUUUCGCUCGCUAACAGUGUCCGUCUACAGGAAGAACAGAGGCGAUACACACAACUGCAGCAGGACACACACACACACACCAACCAGCUGCACACACACAUCCAACAGCUGCUUCUGCAACAACAAGAUGAGCAGCGAGAAAAGCAGAGGUUGAAGAGUGAACUUCAGGAGUGCAAGAGCAGUUUGAGAGAUCUGGAGGUGGAGCUUCAGAAAGCCAAUAACAAGGCUUACAAUGCGGAACACCAGCUGACUCAGCUGUCACUCAAGCUGUGCAGCAGUGAGCAGCUGCAGCAGCAGUUCUUCCUGUUGAACCAGCAGCUCAUCCUGCUGAGAGAAACUAACAGAGCUCUGAGUUACCAGCUGGAUGGAGGAGAGACACACCACCGCACUGAGGCAUUCAUGCUGCAGUGCAGUGUGGGUAAAGAGCACCAGCGGCUAAAGGACAGUGACGUUCAGCAGAGACAGAAGCUGGAAGCAGCCAAUCACAGGAUAGCAGAGCUGGAGAACCAGCUAGCAACGAAAGAGCAGCUGAUUCUGGAUCAGAAGAAACUUCUGGAGGACACAAAGGCCCAGAGCAGAGCCGAGCUGUCGGCCUGUGAGAAUCGCUGUGUCGCUCUGAGGAGAGUCAUCCAGACGCUUCAGACGGAGACUCUUCACUUGUACAGCCAGAUCCACCUGGACAAACAGAGCGGCACACACACAUACAGCUGGCCUCAGGACAUCAGGCCAAACGGCGGCAGCAUCACCCAACCAGCUCCUCAGGGCAGCCAAAAGCCCCACCCCUCCACUUCUUCUUGUGUUAGUAUACUAAACGGAGGUGUGGCGACCCUCUCCACUUCCCCAUUGCACCUGCCCUCUUGCUCCUCCUCCCCCCUUUCCCACUCCCCUAUCGAAUCUCCUCUGGCCGCAGGCUCCUUCCUGGAGCAGCAUGCACGGCAGCUGUUCAGACCGGCCAAUCACAGCCAAGAGGAGGAUGAGCAACAGGAGGGGGAGGAAGAGGAGGAGGAGAAGGAAGAGGAAGAGGAAGAUGAAGAGGCCCAGCCAGAGAGCCCUCCUCUGGGUCAGGAGGCAGAAGAGGUUGCGGUCCUUGCAGGGAGUCCUCAGACAGAGCCAGAGCACCCGAGCAGGGCUUCAGCUCACAGCCUGCCUUCCCCUGGACCUCAAGCACCCCCGGCAGACCUGACGCUCGCUGUGCGACAGAGACGGCACGAACUGAGCAUCAUGGACUACGAUGAGACACUGCCAGAGGACUGACUGAGGGCUGGAGAGCUGGAUGGAAGGAGGGAGCGAUAAAGGGAGGUUGAGUCAGAUGGAGGUGGAGAUUAGAUUAGAUGCUCCAGGUGUUAGCAGGCUACUGCUAACAGUCCACAAUCACUAUCUGAUCUUUCCCACAUCAGGACCUUCAGUCUCCCUUAAAAGGAAAAAUAAUGAACUACACUAAAAUACAGCCGCACUUAUCUAAAAAAAUGAACAGAAUAUGUUUGAAAAAACAAAUAAAAGACAAAAAAACACAGAAAAUGUUUAGCUCUAUUAACUUUCUAAAGGCUUAAGCUAACUACUAACAUGCUAGACAUCAUGCUUUAUUUGAGAGAUCCAAUAGCUUUGUAUCAAAUAAUUCAACGCAACUAAGAUUCCUUCCUCCAUUUUAAACAUAACAAACGUUCAAGAGUGAUAAUCAAUAACUGUGGCAAGUUGUGCUAAAAGUAGCUUUAUAAGCUAGCUAAGCGUUUAUUAAACUGUGUUAAUUAAUUCCUACUGCUAGUACCACAAAAAGAAACUAAGUGGAUUUGUUAAUUAUUUUUUUUGCGGUUAAUAAUGAACUUUAUAUGCUACUUAAUUUAUGGAUUUACAGGAUGCAUUAAAUUCAACAGAUAACGUAAAGGUGAAAACGCUUCUUUCUAAAAAAACUAAAUGACAUCAGCACAAACUGAACCAAAAAUGUCACAGCAGCUAAAUACGAGAAAACUAAUUGAUAGUUUACAUGAAUAAUACCUGGAUUUUCACACUAAAUGUUUUGUUUGCAACAUGAUAUUUAACGACACAAGAUAUGAGCUACAUUACAGCUUUAACAUUAACAAAGCUAACAUUAGCUUGCUAGCUAACAAACAAGAAGCAUUGGGGAUCAUAGAAAAAAAUGAAUUUUACCCGUGCUGCGACUGAAGGUCCCGACGUUACACAAUGAGUUAGAUAGUUGGGUUUAUGUCUGGAGAGAUUUGUAGUUGCCAUUAGGAAACAACUUAUUAAAGCCAAAAUAAGGGAAAACACAGAGAAUUCUGUGUUUUAGUGUUGAAUGAAUUUACAAGGAAGCUAACAGCAUCUAUGUUUAUCUACCAAUGUCAGCUGUAACAUGAACCUGCCACACUGUCGCCCAAAAAUUACGCAUGCUACAGCAGCAUCGAAACACUAAAUUAGAAUCUGACUUUUAGUUUAAUCGAUUAAAGAGUAACCCUGCUGUUGUGAUUAUUCCCACUAUUUUAUUUGCCCACUAAGGGCAGCAGAACAAGCUGUACAUCAACACAGUAGAGUGCUGCAGGAUAAAUCCUAUAACCCUGAAAUGCAUGUUUGCACUCUGGUCCCCUCAUCUUGAAGUCUAUGGGUUUUUGUGAAUGUUUUUUUCUUUUUUUUGCCACAAAGCUUAUUUUAUGCAAUUAGCCAAACUCCAAUGGAAAAAUCACAUAGCUUUUUGUACAGGGAACUAGGGUGAUGCUAACUUCAUUGCCAAAACAAAUACUGCAGCACUCUAUAUCUGACAUAUCACCCUCUUCUAAAGUAUUUGUGGCGUUACCAAACAGUUGCCUACUUCAGACACGGAUCGACAUGAACAACCCACAUUAACAAUGGUGAUGAUUAAUUAUUGGGUUCCUCAGGGUUCAGUUUUUGGUCCUUAAUAUUUUCAAUUUACAUGCUGACAUGCCAAUUUAUUCGUCUAUCAACCAUCAGCCCUCUCCUCCUGGGACAGUCAGCAAUUUAUGGAUCUUAAAUCUGAAAUUCAGCCAGUCGGAUCCCACAAAUCUUCUUUCCUAUAUACUCAGAAUUAUUUUCAAAUGAUUGGCAAAGACACCCAGUUUAGUGUGAUCACAGAAAAGCCUUAAUAAUCCAGUAAAACAUUAAUCUCCUGUCUUCAGUCCGGGGGGACACGUCAGGGCGAAUAAUUAGCAGGAAAUUGACACAAAUGUUCCUUAAUUUUUGGAAGAAUAUCUCCUCAGGUUAACAGCUCAGGAUGCCAGAGUAAGAUGUCUACUACAGAGACGGCUCCAGGACAGGUUUAGUCUAGUUUAUCAGAAUAACAUUUUGGGAAAUACUGUUAAAUACUGCUCCUUCCAGUCUUUAUGCCAAACUAGGCUAACUGUGUCCUGACUCCAGCUAUUUUCGUACAGAGAUAUGUACACUUCACUCUCGGAAAGAAAGAAAGAAAAUAAACUAUUAUUAUCUUAUUAUAAUAACUAUCUCCAAAAAUGCUAAACCGUACCUUUAAACCAAAAACUGAGGUUGGAUCAGUUUCAGUUCAGGAUGUAAACGGAAGUUUACAGACAGACCAAAGACUUCCUCUUGUCCUCUGCAGGACUCAAUCCAGCUGAUUAAACCUGAAUUGAUCAGAGUCUCUAAUGAUCUCAUUUGGGGGAUUUCUUCUCUUUCUCAGCAACUCAACAUGGCAAUUGUCCCCAGCAGUGUUGUUCUGUUUACUUCAGAGAUCUGCUGUCAGGAAACCGCUAUGCUUGUGUGUUUGGAGACAAAUGUUAAACUGUGAACAUUAGAAAUAAAGACUUCUAAAAUCU